UUAUAUAUAUCGCAAUUGAGUUCAGUCGGGUUGGAUACGUGGAAAUACCGGGCCGGCCGCUAUCCCUGUUAAUGACCUAUAUCGUUUCAGUGUCUCCAACUAGAGCACUUUAACCGCUCUGUAACCAGAACUGGCUCAACUGAACCAUCAAGACGAAAAGAAAGACAACCAUGCGACUCAGUCUUCAUAUCUCUAUCAGCACAUACUAAACUCAACAAACCCACUAAAAUUCCAAGGUAAGAAACCCUUCAUACUUGUUUCUUCUUUUUAUAAGUUUGUAUCUUUUGCCUCUUUUCUGCCAAAUAAUCCAUAAAUCUUUAGCAUUUACAGUCAACUAGCGAUGACCCAUUUAAAUAAACUUCGAAUGUUUUCUAUUCUCAAAUGGGUGUCUUCAAAUUCUGCUGAUUGUUACAGAAUCCCAUUUUUGCCAUUUGGGUCUUUUCUCUACACUGCAAAUAACCCUAGGUUUUAUAGAAGAAAGAAAUUAAUUGAUAAUAAUAAUUUGGAUCAAAACUCAAUGGAUGAUGGCCACUUUAGUAGCCAAUUCUCUAAUGCUGCUAGAAAACAAGCUCAGGCUGCACUUUUAGAGUACUUGCAUUCCACUAGAAGCUUGCAGGUUACUGAUGCAGAACAUAUGAGUAAAGGUUCACCAAGUUUUCUGGAAAAGUUAUUGCAAAAGGUUGACAUUAAGGAAGAUGUUGGGCGCUCUGUUGCACGUUUCUUGCGAUAUCACCCCAUUAAUGAAUUUGAGCCUUUCUUUGAGAGUUUGGGUUUAAGACCUGCUGAGUAUAGGCCUUUUCUUCCACGUGAUUUGAUGUUUUUAAGUGAUGAUGAGUUGCUGCUGGAGAAUCUUCAUACUUUGUGUAAUUAUGGGAUCCCGAGAAAUAAGAUAGGUAGAAUUUAUAUAGAAGCAGGAGAAGUUUUUGGGUAUGACUAUGGGGUAUUGGCAACGAAACUUCGAGCUUACGAAGAAAUGGGGCUUGACCAGUCUUUUAUGGCUAAAAUAGUUGUUUGCAGCCCCUAUCUUUUGAUUGGGGAUGUCAAUGUAGAUUUUAUUAAGUCGAUGGAGAUACUGAGGAAAGGUGGAAUUGAGCUCUGUUGGAUUGAAAAGCAUUUAUCUGAGAAGUGUUCUUAUAACUGGAGCAAGUUGCAUGCUCUUCUAAACUUAUUUAGCAAGGCCUGUUUCAGAGAGGAACAGUUGUGUGAAAUCAUAAGCCAGCAUCCAGGGAUUGUUUUUGAGGGUUCUGGGGACAGGACAUUAUCACUAAUUGGAUUUCUAGUUAAAUUUGGAUCCUCAAAGAACCAGAUAUGUUCCAUGUUUCUACAGUUUCCACAAAUUAAAGUUGGGAAAUUUCUUUUAAAUAUGAGGCAAUGCUUUCUUUUCCUAACUGAGAUCGAGAUGGAAAUACUAGAGAUUGGGAAGAUCAUCCGUUCGUACCCACUUAUGCUGGGUUCGUGUACAUUGAAGAAAUCCAACAGCUUGCUUUCUUGUUUAAAUGUUGGAAAGAAACGACUUUGUAAUAUCAUUCUGCAGAACCCUCAAGAAAUGAAGAAUUGGGUAAUAGGAUCUAAAGUUAAUCCACUGCCAUCAGAUGAGAGGCUAAGAUCCCGAAUGCUGAAGAAUAAGUUCCUAUUGGACUUAGGAUUUGUAGAGAACUCAACUGAAAUGGAAAAGGCACUCAAGGUGUUCCGAGGCAGAGGAGCAGAGCUCCAGGAGAGAUUUGAUUCCAUCAUGGAAGCAGGCUUGGAUAAGAAGGAUGUUCAUGAAAUGGUGAGACAAGCCCCUCAAAUUCUUAACCAGAAAAAGGAAGUUGUUAAGAUGAAGAUUGAUUUUUUUGUAAAUGAUUUGGGUUUUCCUAUAUCAUCAUUAGUCACAUUUCCUGCAUUUCUUAACUAUACAAUACCAACUGUCAAGCUCAAGUUGGCAAUGUACAAUUGGCUGAAAGAUCAAGGAAAAGUCGAUCCCAUGCUUUCCUUGAGUACUCUAAUUUCUACCUCAGAUAAAUUAUUUGUAAAGCGUUAUGUAGAACUUCAUCCUAAAGGCUCUGAAUUUUGGCAGGAUUUGAAGAAAAAAUUUAUUUCUGAAUAAGAAAUUGGGUGUUCAUAAUUUAUACUUUCAUUGAUUCAGGCUCUCUAAUGAAGAUCUAUAGAUUUUUUUAUCGUGUCACUUCUACAGGCUGGAAACUUGUUCGAUGAUGUAUCUGUGUUUUGUAUUCUGAAGGCAAUUUUGCAGUUGACUAGCUAGCAGAAAAGAGAAACUUGAAGGGACGGCAGAUUAUAACCUGCUCUGUGUUUUUGAAGUGCUCUUCAGUCGGAUCAAUUUAACAGCCCUUUUACAGAAUAGGAGAUUAAAGCCAAAACUAUUAGAAGUGGUCAAGGAAAAAGAACAGAACCCAAAUCGGGUGGCUUGGAAAAUUAGUUUUUGCAUAUCAGUUUUUCAGUUUAGUCGCCGGAUCAGCUUUUGAACUGCAGGGCGAGAUGAAGAAUAGAAUUGCUUGAUAACAACCCAAAUAAGAUGAUCAUAUCUUUCCUCCAUGGUCUAAGAUAUAGAAAAAGGCCUACUUGAGCUACACACAAGAAAGAAGGAAUUCAUCAUCAAUUCUAACUUAUUUUGAAAGUAUACUAAUUGUUAGCAAGUAUUCUUUUGCUGUUCACGCCCUCUUAUAUCCAAACAUGUAAGGAGCGAAUUACCUCAAAUAAGAACAAUAAAUGCAGCAAUACUUUUAUCAAAGACAAUAUACAAUAAAUUAAGGACCUAAGAUUUCUUAGGUUUUCUUCUGUA